UUAAAGCUUUUAACAAGAUAGGAACACAGUUGGAACUAAUCUUGCAAUAGCAAAAGCCAUGGGGGAGAAAACAAUAGAUUUACCAGCAGGGUUAGCAGAAUAUCGCCGCCUGAUUGUUCCAGCGUUACUAAUUGCCGGAUGGAUCAUUGGCUGUGGAGUAAUGAUUUAUGUUGUUUUUUCAUGAAAGGAAGAUAUGGAGAUAAAAACUGAAGAAGAAAUCAGUACUAUGGAAAAUGUCAAAGGAACCAAUAACAUUUAUGUACAGAAGAACACAUACCAUUGCGUUACAUGCAUUAUUAAUAUAAAAUUGGAAAACUCAAAAACAUUAUAAACUAAUAACAGAUUAAAGCACAACUGUUCUAA